GCAAACGUUCAAGACUGCCCACCUUCGUGAGUACAGCCAGUGCGUUUAAUUCCUACACAUCGUUGUUAACGUAUAUUCGUGUUGUUUAACUUUGCGUCGAUGGCUUGUUGACAAGCUUUUUUAUACAAAAAUAUAAACAAAAAUACAAAAAAAGGAUACAAACAACCAAAAAAACAUAAAAACGCCUACAAAGACUCCGGAUAAAGACCAAAAAAUCCGUGGACAGUUAAUUCAACCGAUUUAAUCUUUAGUCCGAUUGUUUAUAUUUUACUGCUUUUGUCAACAUGAAUUCACUUCCGAAUCAACCCACUACUGGAAACUACGGAAUUGCUUCUCUUUACUGCGGAGACUUGGAUCCGGACAUAACUGAAGCUAAUCUGUAUGACAAGUUUUCACAAGCGGGUCCUGUUGCUUCCAUCCGAGUCUGUCGUGAUGUUGUCACGAAACGGUCACUCGGCUACGCCUACAUCAAUUUUCAACAAGCUAUGGACGCUGAAAGAGCUCUGGACACCAUGAACUACGAGCUGAUCAAAGGUCGCCCAAUGAGACUCAUGUGGUCUCAGAGGGAUCCUUCCCUCCGUAAAUCUGGUGUCGGAAACGUCUUUAUCAAGAACCUGGACAAGUCUAUCGACAACAAGUCGUUGUACGACACUUUCUCCGUCUUUGGCAACAUUCUGUCUUGCAAGGUCGCUCAUGAUGAACGUAACAACUCCAAAGGAUACGGAUUCGUUCACUUCGAGACCCAAGAUGCAUCUGACCAAGCUAUCCAAAAGGUCAACGGCAUGUUGCUCAACGACAAGAAAGUCUAUGUUGGUCGGUUCAUGACCCGAAAGGAACGUAUGGAGACCCUGGGUCACCCUGCUACUCGCUUCACCAACAUAUACGUGAAGAACUUCGGUGAUGCCGCCCUAUCUGACGAAGAGUUCCAAGCGUUGUUUGAUCCCUACGGUAAGAUAGUGAGUUGCGUCAUCAUGAAGGACGAUAACGGCAAGUCCAGGGGAUUUGGCUUCGUCAGUUACGAGACUCACGAGGCUGCCAAACAAGCUGUGGAUGCUCUGAAUAGUUCUGAAGUCAAAACCUGCAAACUCUACGUUGCGAGGGCUCAAAAGAAGAACGAGCGUCAAGCCGAACUUCGCGAGAAAUACGAGAAACUUAAAAUGGAACGUCUCAAUCGAUACCAACAAGGAGUAAACCUGUACGUUAAGAAUCUUGAUGACGUCAUCGACGAUGCACGUCUUCACGAGGAGUUCAGUGUUUACGGUAACAUUACCAGCGCAAAGAUAAUGGUAGAUGAGAAGGGUAACACCAAAGGUUUCGGGUUUGUAUGCUUCUCUUCGCCUGACGAGGCCACCAAAGCUGUUACAGAAAUGAAUGGCAGGAUUAUUGUCUCAAAGCCCCUGUUCGUCGCUCUUGCACAACGCAAGGAGGAACGCAAGCAACACCUGGCUGCACAGCACGCUGUCCGAACCCAGGGUAUGCCUCGUGGUUUCAUUGGACAUGCUUACUCAGGCAUGAUUCCGACCAACUACCUGAUGCCAGUGGCACAGCCUCGUCCCUUCAUGGCUACCAACCAGGUCCCUAGACCUCGUUGGGCUCAGCAACAACAGCAGGGCCAGAUGAGACAACAGCCCGGUGCCUGGCCAAUGCAAGUGCCAUCAGUGGUGCAAGUUCAGCCGAGAAUGCAGGGUGCUCAGGGUAACCAGAGACCUCAGUCCUCCAUGCAGAACCAGCAGCAAUCCAUGGCCAAUGGGGCUCGACAACAAGGACGCUACGGCUCCAAUACUGUCAGGAACCCCAUGCUCCCAAUGACGGAGCUGAUAAUGAACCAGGAGCCGCUGAGUAGCACUAUCUUGAACAACGCGAAUCCUCAAGAACAGAAACAGAUGUUAGGCGAGAAGCUGUACCCGAUUAUCCAGGCAGCUCAACCCGAGCUCGCCGGCAAGAUCACUGGCAUGCUUCUCGAGAUGGAAAACAGUGAGAUUCUCCACAUGCUAGAAGACAGCACAUCCCUCAAUAGCAAGGUUAAUGAGGCUGUGGCUGUCCUGCAAGCACAUCAGCAGAAACUAGCUGAUCAGCAAAAGAUCGCUAAAUAGUGACAUCCGUCGUCGCACUGUGUCUUAAAACUUUUAUUAUAUUCAGUUAAAUACCUUAUAUUAUUUACAGUUUUUCUCCAAA